AUGCGAGCGCUCAUUCUACUCCUUACGUUGCUGCUCUCCACAGCCCUUCAAACCACCAACAAGAAGGUGUCUGUCAAAGAAGUCGUCUUCGACAGUGCGGUAGCCGACAUGCUAUGGCUCGGUAUUGACAAUAAGGUUGUCCUAGUGAGAACUACUCGUGGGAGAAUCUACAGAUCGAUCAACGGUGGUGACGUUUGGGAUGAAAUCACAAACGCUCUUGUGAGCAGGCAUACCUUCUACCAGGCCGUCUCACAAGGCAAUAAAUUCCUCAUCAGUAAUGGCUUCAUUUUCGUGGCCAAAUUAGUUGAUAAAAAUUCCCAGAGUGUCAAGUUGAUGGUGUCAGCUGACGGUGGUGAACACUUCACUGCAGCUAGGCUGCCUGUGAAACUAGAAGAGAAAAGCUACACUAUACUCGACACCAGUGAAGGUGCUGUAAUGCUUCAUGUGAAUCAUGACUCUCCUGGCAGUGGUGGAGUCGGCAAUGUCUAUGUCAGUGACAAGGAUGGGGUCCGAUACAGUCUCAGCUUACCAAACAAUGUUCGAGGCAGCAAUGGUGACUGUGAAUUCGAUAAAGUACUCUCCCUUGAAGGAGUGUACAUGGCCAACUUCAUGGACACUGAUCUCGACAAUGACGGUUACGAUGAGGAUAUCUCCUCUGCUCACUUUGAAUCUCAGGAAACUGAGGACGCCAGUUUUGGUAUGGGUCGUCAGCAUGGCCGUGGGAAGGCGGGAAAGGACGAAAGCNNNNUGAGCUCAGCUGAGGAAAGCGAACAUAUACUCCUACUCCAACACUGCAACGUUGGUCCCUAUCUGCGCUUUGAAAAUGACGAGGUGAACACCUACCUUUCUCGUGAUGGUGGUCUUACUUGGAUAGAAGCGCACAAAGGUGCCUACAUAUACGAGUUCGGCGACCACGGAGGUCUGGUCGUGAUGGCUGAUGACAUUCACAAAACUCGUCAAGUGGUGUUCUCUUGGAAUGAAGGCCACAGCUGGUACGACUUUGAUGUGUCCGAGCACGCAAUGGCCGUUGACAACAUCGUCACUGAGCCGACUUCGACUUCCACGAAGUUCUUGAUGCAUGGUACACGAAGUGAUGCUGGUGUUCUCUACCACAUCGAUUUCGAUACAUUGGGCCAACCUCCAUGCCAGGGCGCGUGGGCGGCGGACUCAGCCGGCAGUGACUAUGAAACGUGGAUACCGAGUGAUGGGAGGACUACUGGCGAUGCUUGUCUGCUGGGUAGAGUCAUCAGCUACGUCAGACGGAAGAAGGACUCUGAGUGCUUCAAUGGUGAGAAAUUUGAGAGGCCUGUAAUACGCCAUAACUGUCCCUGUACGAAAGAGGACUUUGACUGUGAGCUCGGCUUCGCCCGGAAGAUCGGCAGCGUCGACUGCAAGCCUGUAGACGUUGAUGCGUGUACUUCCUCUGGCAUGUUCUUUGCUGAUGCUUACAGAAAGGUUGUCGGGGAUACGUGUGAAGGGGGAUGGCGUCCUCAAAAGGAGCGAGUGCCCUGUCCUAGCCACAGUCCAUUCUCCAGGGGCGCUGUAGCAACCCUGAUGAUUAUCGGAUUUCUGGUAGCUCUCAUGUUUGGUGGAACUUAUGUGUCUGGAUCAGAGAGGUGGAAGAAUACUAUCGGCAACUAUGGCUUCGAGACGCUGGAAUACGUGAAGUACUCGACGAUUGGUCGCAGUGCUAGGCUUGCUGUUAGUGCCACUGACGAUAUGAACCCUGACGACUUCGACGACGCCCCGCAACUUGAGCAUUACUCAUCUAACGUGGGCAAGCACAAGAAGUUCGACGAGACUGGGGAAGAGCUCAGGAGCAUAGAGUCUCCUAGGAGCAGUGAGAGCUCAGGAGAAGGCGGGGGCGGUGUACCCGACUUGCUCGGCAUUGACGAUGAAGAUGAAGAUUCGACCGACUCGACGGCUCAAGUUCGGAUGCGGUCUGGUGGUCUGGCCUCGGCUACCGGGGUUGUCCCCAGGCUGCAGCCUCCUCCUACUGGUCCCGCCAGUAGACACACCAACGCCGAGCAUGGUGAUGAUGGGCCGCUACUGUAG